AUGUCCAACGACAGCAGCCUCCUCGGCGUCUGGGAGGCCUCUGAUUGGUCGGAAACGUCGCAGUGCCCGCCCUCUGUUGGCGGAGCCACUUUCCUGAUCGUGGCGUACAGCGUUGUCAUAGCGAUAGGGUUGCUGGGCAACGCUGGACUGGUGUUCAUCAUCGCCCGGCAACAGGAGUUACGCAACGUCACCAACAUCCUGAUCGCCAACCUGUCGUGCUCCGACAUCCUGAUGUGUGUGGUGUGUCUGCCCGUCACCGUCAUCUACACACUGAUGGACCGCUGGGUGCUGGGGGAGGCGCUGUGUAAGGUGACUCCCUUCGUGCAGUGUGUCUCGGUGACGGUGUCUGUGUUCUCGCUGGUUCUGAUCGCUCUGGAGCGCCACCAGCUGAUCCUCCAUCCCACCGGCUGGUCCCCUGCAGCCGGACACUCCUACCUGGCUGUGGGCUUCACCUGGCUGCUGGCCGGCGUCAUCUCCAUCCCCUUCCUCUCCUUCAACAUCCUCACCAACGACCCCUUCCAGAACAUCAGCCUGCCUGCUAACCCCUUCAGGGACCAUGUGAUCUGCAUGGAGCUCUGGCCCUCAGACCAGCACCGGCUCCUCUACACCACCUCUCUGCUGAUCUUCCAGUACGGCCUGCCUCUGCUGCUGGUGCUGCUCUGCUACCUGAGGAUCUUCCUCCGCCUGAGGAGACGCAGGGACAUGUUGGAUCACAGCCGCAGGACUCAGAGCGCUCACAGGAUCAACGUCAUGCUGCUCUGCAUCGUGGUGGCCUUCGCUCUGUGCUGGCUGCCGCUCACCGUCUUCAACACUCUGUUCGACUGGCACCACCAGGCGCUCCCCGACUGCCAGCACAACGCCGUGUUCUCCGCCUGCCACCUCACGGCCAUGGCCUCCACCUGCAUCAACCCCGUGGUGUACGGCUUCCUCAACAGCAACUUCCAGAGGGAGCUGAAGGCGACGCUGCAGCGCUGCCGGUGUGGAGGCGGACCGGCCGAGAUCUACGAGAGUUUCCCUCUUUCCACGGUGGGCAGCGAGGGCACGACUAAAAACACGUCCAUGAACAGGAUGGGGUCCGUGUGCGUGCUGUCGCCAAAACUCGAGAUCAGUUCGGCUGUACGGGACAAAACAAUACCGGCUAACACCUGAGGAAGAAGUUUGGCUGACACCUGAAAUACUACGUUACUGUUCAUAACUUUGCCGGCAGAUUGAAACUGCACUCCAGCCGGUUGUUGGGCAUAUUGAGGUCGACUGAUGUAGCUUUACAAAAGACAGGUACAUAAUCGUGUAAAUGGACUCUGUUGAGGGACAAAAGAGCUGCAAGAACGGUCUGUUCGCUAAGCCCCGCCCCCCUUUUGGUAACCCUUGCUAUAGCAACGAUAACACCUGAGAGAGCAGUUUGGUUGAAACCUGAAAUACUAUAUAAUACUACUUAUAUAAUAUAACUUUACCGGCAGAUUUAAACCUAACUCCGGCCGGUUGUUGGUCGGAUUGUGGUCGACUGUUAUAACUUUACUUACAACAGGUAAGAAAGGUACAUAAUCGUGUAUUUCUUUUUAUAAUGAGCAGCGAUAACACUUGAGAAAGCAGUUAUGUUGACAGCUGAAAUACCACUUCAACUUUACUGUGCAUAACUUUACCGGUAGAUUGUAAUUCACUCCGGCCGGCUGUUGGACUCGACUGAUGUAGCUUUGCUUA